AUGAAAUAUCAUAAGGAGCCAACACCUAUGGAUGUGAACAACUAUCCUAUGUCAUAUAAUACACAUGAUUCUACCGAAUCUGACGACAAAGAUCUGCUCGAUCCUAUACUGAAAAAAUUACACAAAGGCGAUCUCAUCGAUCGCCUUCUUGGUUGUGCUUAUGGACAAGCACUGAGCGAUGCAUAUGGUCUAUCGACUGAAUUUGAAGAUCGCAUAACAGUAGCUACUAUGUAUCCUGAUAACACACAAAUUAUUCCAUUCCAGGACUAUAUUUUAACUGCUCAUUCAAGUCGCUGGACACGAGGCGAUUGGACUGAUGAUACUGAUCAAUGGAUAUUAAUCUUGGAAACGUUGACUUAUCCGAAUGGUGAUGACAUCAUGUUUGCUAAAAAGCUGCGGCACUGGAUUUAUCAAUGUUUUUCUGAAUUGGGUGACUGUAGAGGAAUGGGGUUAGGGGCUAAUGUCUCUCAGGUUACUAGCUCAUAUAAUUUUCUUAGUGAUCCACAUGAAGCAAGCAGAACGACAUGGGAACGAAGUUAUCGUCAAGCAGCACCAAAUGGAGCGGUAAUACGAUGUUCUGCUUCAGCUCUUGUUCAUUUUCGAGAUAUUGAAAAAGUUAAAUCAACAGCUAUUUCCAUGUGUAAAGUAACUCAUUUCGAUCCUCGAUGCGUCGCUUCAUGUCUUGCAGUUUGUCUUGCUAGCACCUACCUUUUACAAGCUAGUACUGAAGAUGAUAUUGAAAUACUCAUCGAUCGUGUUCAAAAAGAAACUAUUUAUAUUCUUGAUGAUCAACUAACUUCUGAGCAUAAAGAAGAAUUCUUAUGGUAUACACAUAAAGAUCGAACCUUAGAAGAACUUAACCUUGAUGAACCACGAAGCAUUGGUUAG